AUGAAUGAAAUGCCUCUUAAUGAAGCUACAGGGGAGAUAUCAGAUGAUGAUGAAGAUGGUGAUCGACUUCCUUUUGAUGUUGAUAGCUCUGGUGAUGAGGAAGAAGAGUUUAGAAUUGGAAUGCAAUUUGCCAAUAAGAAUGAACUCAAGGAAGCUAUUAGGGAGUAUGCAAUUGUGCAAGGGAGGAAUAUUAAAUUGGGGCAUUCAAGGCUGAGGUUUUUAGAAAAGUACCAUAUGAAUGUUUCAAAGCAUCAGAUUUAUAGAGCAAAGAACUUGUCCAAGGUGAUCAUUGAAGGCAGCUAUGUGGAGCAAUAUGCGAGGCUAUGGGACUAUGCAGAAGAAUUGAAGAAGGCUAACAAGGGCAGCACUGUGAUUAUAAAGAAUAAGAUGAAGGGUAAUAAACCUGUGUUUGAAAGAAUUUAUGUGUGUUUGGAAGAUUGUAAGCGGGGAUUUUUGGCAGGAUGUAGACCUCUGAUUGGUAUAGAUGGCUGCCAUUUAAAGGGACCUUACACAGGGCAAGUUUUAACAGCCGUUGGUGUUGAUGGGAAUAAUGGACUGUACCCAGUUGCUUAUGCUGUUGUAGAGAUGGAAUCAAAAAUUAGUUGGAUUUGGUUCCUUCAACUUUUGAUUGAAGACUUACAAAUUGAGAAUGGGAAAGCUUGGGUGUUUAUGAGUGAUAAGCAAAAAGGUCUAAUACCUGCAAUUGAGACAUUGCUUCCAACAGCUGAGCACAGAAUGUGUGUUAGGCAUCUCUACAGCAACUUCAGGACAGAGCAUGCUGGCCUUGCACUGAAAAACAUUCUCUGGGCUGUGACAAGAGCAACUACCAUUCCCUGGUAUGAAGCAUAA